CUGGCUUCCUUCCAUCCCACCGCGAGGUAGCAGCAAAACACUCCACUGAAACGCAGACGCGAAGGACAGAGAACGCACCGCACGGUUAGCAUGAUGAGCUCGUCGGCGCAGCUUCUCAGGCGUCUCAAGCCGCUGUACCAGCUUGUGGUGAGCAACAUCCUGGCCAUCGUGUCAGUGCCGUUGGCCGCCCUGGCCGCGCUCAAGGCCGCCGAGCUCGGGCCCGACGAGGCCCUGGCGCGUCUGCGCGCGCUCCGGCCGGCGCACAUGUUCCUGGCCGCGUUCGUGCCAGCGGCGGCCGCGGCGCUGUACCUUCGUCUCCGGCCCAGGGCGGUGUACAUGGUGGACUACGCGUGCUUCCGCACCAGCCCCAACUGCCGCGUCCCGUUCGCCACCUUCCAGGAGCACGCCCGCGUGUGGCCUGGCUUCGACGAGCGCAGCGUCCGCUUCAUGACGCGCCUCCUGGAACGCUCGGGGCUCGGGGAAGAGACGUGCCUCCCUUACGCGCAGCACUACAUCCCGCCGUCCCGCGACCUGGAGCCCUCCCGCGCGGAAGCGGAGCUCAUCGUGUUCUCCGCCAUCGACGACUUGCUCGCCAAGACCGGCGUGUCCCCUGCCGACAUCGACAUCCUGGUCGUCAACUGCAGCCUGUUCGCGCCGACGCCGUCCUUCGCGGACAUGGUGGUGAACCGGUACAGGCUGCGCAAGGACGUGCGCAACGUGCACCUGGCCGGCAUGGGCUGCAGCGCGGGGCUCAUCGCCGUCGGCCUGGCCAGGAACCUGCUGCAGGUGGCGCCGCCAGGCGCCAAGGCGCUGGUGGUGUCGACGGAGACCAUCACGCCAAACUACUACAUGGGGAAAGAGCGCGCCAUGCUGCUCCCAAACUGCCUCUUCCGCAUGGGCGGCGCCGCCGUGCUCCUGUCCACGAGCCCCCGCAACGCGCGGUUCCGGCUGUCCCGCGUGGUGCGCACGCUGACGGGCGGCGCCAAGGACGGCGCGUACCGGUGCGUGUACCAGGAAGAAGACGACCGGGGCAACGUGGGGAUCAACCUGUCCAAGGACCUGAUGAGCAUCGCCGGGGACGCGCUCAAGGCCAACAUCACGGCCAUGGGUCCCCUGGUGCUCCCGGCGUCGGAGCAGCUGCUGUUCGCGCUGUCCUUCAUCGCGCGCAAGGUGGUGAGCGGCAGGAUCAAGCCGUACAUCCCGGACUUCCGCACGGCGUUCGAGCACUUCUGCAUCCACGCCGGGGGACGGGCGGUGAUCGACGAGCUGCAGCGGAGCCUGACGCUGUCGGACGAGCAGGUGGAGGCGUCCAGGAUGACGCUGCACAGGUUCGGGAACACGUCCAGCAGCUCCCUGUGGUACGAGCUCGCCUACAUCGAGGCCAAAGGCCGGAUGCGCAAGGGCGACCGCGUCUGGAUGAUCGGGUUCGGCUCCGGGUUCAAGUGCAACAGCGCCGCCUGGGAGUGCGUCCGGCCGCCGCCGCCCGAGGCCGUCCGGGACGGGCCCUGGGCGGCCUCCGUGCACCGGUACCCCGUCGACAUCCCCGACGUGGUCAAGCAUUAGAAACUUUGGCACCCAUAAAUAAGAUCGUCCUCGUACGUACACUACACACAGUCACACUGGCACGCAGACACUAGUAGCUACUAGCUACCGCCUCCUCUUUGUACGUACAAGUGUUAUUAUUCAAUUGUUGCAUGUCUUCAUCCGGUUCA